UGGAUACAUUUCUCGAUCAAAUUUUUAAACAUAUUCUUCAAAAACUCAUUUGGUUAUUGUGUUUGAGUAUAUCAUUAUUCCGAAUGUGAAUAAAUAAGAAUAUAACAAAAAGAACAACUGGGGGGGAUUUAGGAUAAAAGGACACUACAUUUCCCUGCUUUUGCUCACACUCCCCCAAAAAGAACACACAGAAACACUUUGACUGUUCACAGAGAGAGAGAUGGUGCUUUACAACAAAACUGGUUGUAAAUCGGUUUUCAUUCUAAUGCUUCUGCUUGCUCUCUCCGUCUCCGGCGGCAAAACCUCGCCAGUCGAAGACGGCUUGGUUAUUAACGGCGACUUCGAGACCCCGCCGUCCAACGGCUUCCCUGAUGACGCCAUUGUCGAGGACUCCUCCGAGAUCCCGAGCUGGCGAUCUGACGGCACGGUGGAGCUGAUUAAGUCUGGUCAAAAACAAGGCGGGAUGAUCCUGAUCGUGCCUGAGGGCCGCCACGCCGUGAGAUUAGGAAACGAUGCAGAGAUCAGCCAAGAACUGAUGGUGGAGAAAGGCUCAGUCUACUCCGUCACUUUCAGUGCCGCCCGCACGUGUGCACAGUUCGAGUCGCUGAACGUUUCGGUGGUUUCCGAUGAACCGAUCGCGUCGCAAAACAUUGACCUGCAAACUGUUUACAGCGUUCAGGGGUGGGAUCCAUACGCGUGGGCGUUCGAAGCGGUUGUGGAACGCGUCCGGUUAGUGUUUAGGAAUCCUGGCAUGGAGGACGAUCCUACUUGUGGGCCCAUCAUCGACGACAUCGCCGUUAAGAAGCUCUUCACUCCUGAUAAACCCAAAGACAAUGCAGUGAUUAAUGGAGAUUUCGAAGAAGGUCCAUGGAUGUUCAGGAACACGACUCUAGGUGUUCUGCUUCCGACAAACCUUGACGAAGAAAUAUCUUCUCUUCCGGGAUGGACCGUCGAAUCGAACCGGGCAGUCCGGUUUAUUGACUCAGACCACUUCUCUGUCCCUGAGGGAAAGCGAGCUAUGGAGCUUCUAUCGGGCAAAGAAGGCAUAAUCUCCCAAAUGGUCGAGACAAAGGCUAACGUUCCGUACAAGCUUUCUUUCUCAUUAGGUCACGCAGGCGACAAGUGCAAAGAACCUUUGGUCGUCAUGGCGUUUGCCGGCGAUCAAGCUCAGAACUUUCAUUAUAUGGCGGAAGCGAACUCGAGCUUCCAAUCAUCGGAGUUGAAUUUCACGGCGAAGGCAGACCGUACGAGGAUCGCCUUCUACAGCGUUUAUUACAAUACGAGGACGGACGAUAUGAGCUCCCUGUGUGGGCCUGUGAUUGAUGACGUCAAGGUUUGGUUCUCUGGGUCGAGCAGAAUUGGAUUUGGGUUUCCGGUUUCCGUUCUUUUAACAUUGGUUUUCAUCCAGAUUGCUCCGCUACUAGGAGGAAUGAGAAAAGAAUUUGUCUUCUAUGCAAUUCUUGGUCGAAUUGCCGCCCGCACGUGCGCACAGUUCGAGUCGCUGAACGUUUCGGUGGCUUCCGAUGAACCGAUCGCAUCGCAAAACAUUGACCUGCAAACUGUUUACAGCGUUCAGGGGUGGGACCCAUACGCGUGGGCGUUCGAAGCGGUUGUGGAACGCGUCCAGUUAGUGUUUAGGAAUCCUGGCAUGGAGGACGAUCCUACUUGUGGGCCCAUCAUCGAUGACAUCGCCGUUAAGAAGCUCUUUACUCCUGAUAAACCCAAAGACAAUGCAGUGAUUAAUGGAGAUUUCGAAGAAGGUCCAUGGAUGUUCAGGAACACGACUCUAGGUGUUCUGCUUCCGACAAACCUUGACAAAGAAAUAUCUUCUCUUCCGGGAUGGACCGUCGAAUCGAACCGGGCAGUCCGGUUUAUUGACUCAGACCACUUCUCUGUCCCUGAGGGAAAGCGAACUAUGGAGCUUCUAUCGGGCAAAGAAGGCAUAAUCUCCCAAAUGGUCGAGACAAAGGCUAACGUUCCGUACAAGCUUUCUUUCUCAUUAGGUCACGCAGGCGACAAGUGCAAAGAACCUUUGGCCGUCAUGGCGUUUGCCGACGAUCAAGCUCAGAACUUUCAUUAUAUGGCGGAAGCGAACUCGAGCUUCCAAUCAUCGGAGUUAAAUUUCACGGCGAAGGCAGACCGUACGAGGAUCGCCUUCUACAGCGUUUAUUACAAUACGAGGACGGACAAUAUGAGCUCCCUGUGUGGGCCUGUGAUUGAUGACGUCAGGGUUUGGUUCUCUGGGCCGAGCAGAAUUGGAUUUGGGUUUCCGGUUUCCGUUCUUUUAACAUUGGUUUUCAUCCAGAUUGCUCCGGUU